UGAUUACUAAUCCUAAUCUUUUGACUUCUUAUAGAAACAUCUAGGAAAGAACAUACUAUAACAUGAAUUGACCAUUGAUUUGUCCAUCUAUACUUUCUUAUCUAAUUAACUAAUAAAAUAAUCCUACUUGUUCUUACAUGCAUGAAUCUAACUUCUUCCAUUCCCUCCCCAACCUAUAUAUAUACAUAUCAUAACUUCAAACCCUAAUCAACUUCAUAUUUUCCCAACAAAUUAAAUCAAAAGAAAUAUCACAAAUUUUGCAUGAUGUUUGAAAAUGACGAUUACUACCUCUCUGAAACCGAUCUUGCCUUUCUCGAUUCAAUAAGAAGACAUUUGCUCGACGAAUCGCAGCCGCCUCAAAUGUUUUCCGGCGAUAUGUACGCCGCCACUCCACCUCUCGCUGUCAAGCCGGAGCCGGAACUAUCGUUUGUGAGCUUUGAUGAAGCGGUAGCGGAGAGUGAGAGGGCUGUUGUAGUAGCGGGGGCGCCUCAAUACAGAGGGGUGAGGCAGCGGCCGUGGGGGAAGUUCGCAGCGGAGAUAAGGGACCCCACGAAGAAUGGGGCGCGGGUGUGGCUUGGGACGUAUGAGACGGCGGAGGAGGCGGCGUUGGCGUAUGAUCAAGCGGCCUACGCCAUGCGUGGUUCGAGGGCGAUGGUGAAUUUCCCCUUGAGGGUUAACUCGGGGGAGGCGCCGCCGGUUAGGAUUACGUCGAAGAGGUCUGCGUCUUCUUCGUCGUCCUCGGAUAGUGGAUCGCCGACGCGGAAGAGGAAGACGGCGGCGGAUGGUGGACUCAAAAAAAGGCCAAUGUCAGCUGUUUUCCGAUAG